AUGAAGAUUGAAAUGCAAAAUCAAACGUCAGAACUUACCAACACAUUGCUCGUAAAAAUGGAAGAAAAAUUAAAACCCGUUGUAGAAGAAAACCAUAUACUUAAACUUAAAGUAGAAAAGCUGGAAAAGAAGGUGGAGUCUCUAGAGCGAGAAAAGAAGAAAGACUACUCUAAGGAAACGUUAGAAAUUAGGAAGUCACUGCAACCCCAACUAAUGCAAGAAAGACAAAAAGGAAACUUGGCUUACAUAAAGUACGAUAAACUCAUAGUAAAACAAAAUUCAAAAGUCAUAGAUAAAAGGAAGAGAGGAAAAUCAACAUCACCACAAGUCGAAGCAAAGCCAAAGAAGCAACAAAUGCCAAGCACAUCAAAAAAUAAACUAACAUACAUGCUACAAAAAAUAAAAAUUGACAUACUUGGACUGGCGGAAGUGAGAAGAAUGGGCUAUGUAAUCGAAGAACAUGAGAACUAUAUUUUCUGUUAUAAAGGCGAAACACUUGGCUUAUAUGGAGUCGGCUUUUUAAUAAAAAAAGAAUAUAAAGACAAUAUUGUAAGCUUCACAGCGCUCUCAGACCGUGUUGCACUAUUAAAUAUUAAAUACAACAAUCAAAUGCUUACAAUAAUACAAGUAUACGCACCUACUGAAAAGGCCACCGAUGAAGAAAUCAACUUAUUCUAUGAAACUUUGCAAGUAGCCCAAAGCCAGGCAGCUGACCAAGUACUCGUUAUCGGUGAUUUUAAUGCCAAAAUCGGCAAACCUACCAUGGAAGACAGCGAUAACAUUGUUCUUGGAAAAUUCGGCUAUGGAAUCAGAAACGAAAGGGGAGAGAAACUUAUACAACACGCACUCGAGCAUAAACUUACAAUUAUGAACUCCUUCUUUAAAAGUCGAAAUAACCGCAAAUGGACUUGGCUAUCACCAUGUGGUAACAUUAAAAAUGAAAUUGAUUUUAUACUGUCGAAUCAACCCGCAAGGAUUAGGAACGUAGAAGUUUUACACGGCCUUGGAUUCCGGUCUGAUCAUCGCUUAGUUAGAGCUACGUAUAUUCUAGACCUAAGAAAAAAGAGCAGAAUAGAUUUCAAAGCGCAACCUAAACCACUUAAAACGAACGAAGAUAUAUCACUAUACUUGGAAAACUUAGAGACUAACAUACUUAAAAUAGAAACACAAAAAGAAGAACAUAUUCCAACCUUUUACGAUAAAUUAGUUGACGCUAUCAUUGUCAGCCUUGCACGCAGAUCUGAAAAUAAAAAAUUAAAAACUACCAACGAAAUACUUAGCGAAUCUACUAGAGCUCUUCUCACAAGACGAACCGAACUUUUAAAAAUGAAGCAAAAGUCUAAAGAAAUGAAGAAAGAACUAAGCACAUUAUUUAAAACUACAAGUAGAGCUAUUAACAAAGAUUACAAAGACCAUAGACACCGAAUAAUUGAGAAUAAUCUAAACACACACAGAAGCACAAAAAAAGCCUACAAGAAAUUAACAACCCACAAAACCUGGAUCCCAAACAUAAAAUCGACAUGUGAAGUAACAAAAACUAGAAAAGAUAUCUUGAACUGUGCUACAGAUUUUUACAAAAAAUUAUACACAAAAUCCAACUCUACUACCAAUACAAUUGAUGUAGCAACAGCGACUUCCCAAAGUAAUAACGAUGUGCCAUUAGUGAACGAAGAGGAAGUCAUCAAGCACAUUAAAAAACUAAAACCAGACAAAAGUCCAGGUCCAGACGGUCUACAAAAUGAGGCACUUAAAGCUGGCGCCACCCUAUUAGCUCGCCCACUUACUUACUUGUUUAACAUGGUUCUGAAAACUGGUCAGGUGCCAGUGCAAUAUUUCGUAAGUGUAUACAAACUGUUCGCGUCAAUUCUGCAAAGCCGGCUAGCUCCGAAAAUCGAUAACUACCAGCCUGUAGAACAAGCAGGCUUUCGUUCAGGUUUCUCAACUACAGACCAUAUGCACGUAUUACAACAAGUGAUGGAGAAAUACCAGGAGUUCAACCGCCCACUAUACAUUGCAUUCAUCGAUUAUGCCAUAUCACAUGAUUCUAUUUGGGAAUCACUAAGCAAGUGUAACAUAAACGAAAACUACGUAAAGGUCCUGAAAAAUAUUUAUCAGGGUUGUGUGAGUCAGGUGAAACUAGAGUCUCGAGGUCCGGAUAUAUCGAUUUGCAGAGGAGUAAGGCAAGGCGACCCGCUUUCACCAAAGUUAUUCAUAAUGGUACUACAAAACAUUUUUAACAAUCUUAACUGGCAGUCCGAUGGCAUAAGAGUUAACAGAGCUCAACUUACACACCUCAGAUUCGCAGACGAUAUUGUGCUGUUCGCUGAAACAAGUAAGGGAUUAGACAAAAUGAUAAACAACCUUAAUGAAGAAAGUGAAAGAGUAGGUCUUAAAAUGAACGAGGACAAAACAAAAAUACUGACGAACAGCCACAGACAUGCUAUAUUCCUAAAUGAGAAGCCACUUGAAUAUGUCAGCAAUUACAUCUACCUGGGCAAACAACUAUCCUUCGAAGACAAAAGCGAAGAACUAGAGGUAGUGCGGCGAACUAAUAUAAGCUGGAAAAAGUUCUGGUCCUUAAAGGAAGUUUUAAAAGGCGAAUUUCCGCUUCAUCUAAAAAAAAUUGUAUUGGACACAUGUGUCUUACCUACCCUUACAUAUGGUUGCCAAACGUGGACAUACAGCUCAAAAAUAAAAAGUAAAUUAGUAGCAUGCCAGAAAGCAAUGGAAAGGAGUAUACUUAAAAUAAGAAAAAUACAAAAAGUAAAAAGUGAAAAAAUAAGACGAAAGACGAAAAUCAUUGACGCUUUACAAUUUGCACUAAAACAGAAAUGGCAAUGGGCGGGACAUGUAGCAAGAUGCACGGAUAAAAGAUGGACACUGGAGACAACUAUAUGGAAAGGGCCGAAGGGAAAAAGAAAUGUAGGACGCCCUAAAAAAAGGUGGAUAGAAGAUAUAAAAAAUAUAGCAGGAAACGACUGGAGAACAAAGGCAAUGGACAGAGAUACCUGGAAAAAGCUGAAGGAGGCCUAUACCCGAGAAGGGGUUCCAAUCAAUGGUUCUGAUAGAUAA